AUGUCGACAACCAGGCAGUCGGUUCGGCUCUGCUUUACUUUGUUAGUCAUUACGACAUUACUCUUAUUGCUGGGCACAAUAAUGGACGGGCCGAUUUUGGAGAGUCAAAUAAGCUUCGGUAUCCCGUCGAUAGAUCCUGCUGACGAUGGCUACCGGAACGACGAAGACGAGUAUCUCAACCGACGUUAUUUCAGGCUAAGCACCGACGUUGUUAGUUACGACACUCGUGAAACGGACAGCGAGGAACAGACGGCGGCCGCAAGUGUCAACGGAGGCGUUCAAACUCGAAGUCACGUCCGGGAAUUCAAAAAAGCGGAUGCUGUCCGCUGUUUGGAUGCGUUGUCCGUCAAAAGAAGUAGACGGCCAAUGCACAUCACUUUCAUUGGAGACUCGACUGUCCGCCACACUUUGUCAGUUUUAUUCGGUGGAUCCCGGACUACGAUAGGGAGAUUUCAAGCAAGAAACUGGAUAAAAUUGCCCACGAUUAAUUUCGGUGGUCAAAUAUUGGGAAAUCCUUCGGGAAAAGACGGACAAAAAGCUGUUUUCAUCGAUCCUCAAGUUGCUCCCAAACCGGAAGAAUGUCUCGUCUAUUCUUUCGGUAUCAACAGCGAAUGGUCCUUUGACGAAGAAAUGGAACAGUACGGAUGUCAAGUGUUCGCUUUCGAUUCUUCCAUGACGAUGGAACCACAUUACCACACCCCUGGCAUACACUUUUACAACUGGGGACUGGGCGAACGUGACGAAAUCCUAGAGACUAGCGACAACGUCACAAAGUGGCAGAUGUAUUCGCUUUCCUCCAUCUACAAGACCUAG